GUUAUGUCACUGAUUAGUCCAGCAAAUACAUACAUGGACCUUAACAUUGGGAUAGCCUUAUGGUUGGCAGCUGGUGGAGAUGGCUGGGUAAAUGAAGGAGCUUCUGGAAAUUGUGAAAAAACCGCUCAGCGUCAUAAGUACAAAUCAGAAGCUAGAAUUUUAUUGGUUGGUUCAGGUGCGGAUGAGCAAUGUGCUGGCUAUGGUAGACACAAAACUAAAUAUAGGCAAGGAGGUUGGCUCACGUUGCAGGAGGAGCUGAAGUUGGAUAUGCAAAGAAUCUGGAAAAGGAACCUUGGCAGAGAUGAUAGAUGCAUUUCUGACCAUGGAAAAGAGGCUAGAUUCCCUUUCUUGGAUGAGAAUGUUAUAAGAUACCUGUUAGAUGUUCCUCUGUGGGAGAUUGCUGAUCUUGACCAAUCGACUGGCAAAGGCGAUAAGAAAAUCCUAAGAGAGGUUGCUUGGUUGCUGGGACUGGAUAAAGCAGCUACCUUACCGAAGAGAGCAAUCCAGGCUUUUGCAGGACGAUCGGGUCAGGGUCCAGACCCGGACCCGAACUCCUCGUGCGACAGAGCCCGACACCGCCCUCUUCUCCCUCGUCUAUCUCCUGGAGGUCUCCCGUGCCAGCGGAGGUGUUGGGCGGCGACGAGAAUGACGGCGGUGGUGCUCAGGGACUAGGAUGUUCAUGGACUAUGGAGAUGCUAUUGGCAGCACUUCAGAGACGGGGCCGUGAUGUCGUGGGAAGCAAGAAAGUUCAACUUGAGCUAUGUGGAGAUGAUGCAUAUGUUAAAGAAGGAGCCAGCAAGGAAAUUGCAACGCUACUCUCCAUUGGCAUAAGCAGAUUAGAUUGUGGAUAUAAUAUUGGUGUAACUCACGCAUUGCCUUCUGCAAAAAUGCAUUUUAUGGUGCUACAUUGCAACUUAGGGAUACCAAUCCAGUGCAUCAACCACUGACAAAUGAUUUUGGAAAUAUCCUUGUUUACAAUGAGAUGCUGUUCAUGUUCUUGCCAUGUAAGUCAUAGGGUCUGUUGUUGUAAUGACAAAGAAGGCCAUACAUUGUUCCACAGAUAUUUUCGACAAUCAGAGGACCAUGGGCUUUAGCACAUUGGCAGGUGGAAUCAAGAACGUUGUAGUAUGGUCAGGAUGUAUUUGGUUGCAAAGUCUUCUCAUUCAUUGGCCCAAUACAGAGGACUCGCGAUUUAUGCUCUCUUCCGUUGCACCACCACUAGUUCUACAAUUUAAUGGAUUGCAAUGUACCACUUGGCGAUGUCAAGGUUCAUUCCAUCCCAGGACAAAAUCUAUUAGAUGCUUCUAGUUACUGGUAAGAGCUCUCUUGUAGUAAUAUACAGUGUCCAUUUUGAUGUUCAUAAUAAUAGCCAGUGUGAUAAGCAAGGCAUGGUGGGUACAGUUGCUAAACAUGAUUGGACUGAUACCCUGAUAAAGAGGUUGAUUGCAUGGAAUAGAUCCUUUGUGGAACCAAUGAAUGAUAAUCUUUGUCAUCAGUGUUAUCCAAUGCAGAGAGGGUGUAACAUCUCAAGCUUAAUGCUUGAGGAGAAACCACCUUCAAAUGUCGCUUGCGUUAGUGAUCCCAUACUGACGCGGUUGAACUGCCACCAUAAUGUUUACUUGUGGUAGCGAAUUGCAUGGCGAAGCAGAUUGCUGUAAUAAGUUUGAUUCUGAUAUCGACUGCAUAGACCAACCAAAAGCAGUUUCACUUCAUAAUGGUGUGCUUCUUUUCCUAUCUUCCAGUUCAUUUUUCCUAUUUGAGGAAAAAAUACCAGAAAUGCUUGUUUUGCUCCUGAUGCUUCUCUUGCACUUGCAGUUUCGUUGUCAGCAAAAUAUUUGCUUAAUGCACUCAAAGAAUCUGUAUCAAGACGUACUUCUAAAGAUUACAUAUAUCAGGUUCAAAAUCAAAUCACUUUCCUUCGUUUAGAUGUUGGGUUCUGUAUUUUGUUGCAUGAAAUUAAGAUGAUUUGAAGGGUUA